UUAUCCAUCGCUGGAGCUCUCUUGGCCGUGCUGCGUGGUGCUCUGAUUGUCCGCUGGGUCUCUCUGGGUCUGCUUUUAAGGCGCUUAAGAGACCCCUCAGUGACACAGCUCACAAAUACCAGCCAAAGUGGCUUGGAUGAAUUCAACCCCUUUUCUGAGAGCUCUCAGCUGACGAAUGCGGCGCGGACGACGCCGGCGGCGCAGCCCUCGGGCCACUCGCAGCCGGCCGUGCUGCAGACAUCCGUGGAGCCCACGCCACAGGCUGUGGCUGCAGCAGCACAGGCAGGGCUGCUCCAGCAGCAAGCAGAGCUAGAGAGGAAGGCAGCUGAGCUGGAGAAGAAGGAAAGGGAACUGCAGAGCCACGCAGCCAGCAUCGACCCGAGGCAGAACAACUGGCCGCCUCUCCCCAAGAGGUGUCCCAUCAAGCCGUGCUUCUAUCAGGAUUUUUCUGCAGACAUCCCAGCUGACUACCAGCGGAUAUGCAAGAUGCUGUAUUACUUGUGGAUGUUGCAUUCCAUCACCCUGCUCCUAAACCUGCUUGCUUGCCUGGCAUGGUUCACAGUCGACAAAAGCAGAGGAGUGGACUUUGGUCUCUCGAUUCUGUGGUUAAUUUUAUUCACCCCUUGUGCCUUUCUCUGUUGGUACCGACCAAUUUACAAGGCUUUCAGGUCUGACAGCUCCUUCAGCUUUUUCGUCUUCUUUUUCAUCUUCUUCUGCCAAAUAGCAAUCUACAUCAUCCAGGCUGUCGGCAUUCCUGGCUGGGGAGACAGCGGCUGGAUUGCGGCGCUGUCGGAGGUGCACGGGAACCUUGCCGUGGUGGUGAUCAUGAUGGUGGUGGCAGCGUUCUUCACGCUCUGCGCUGUCCUCUCCCUCUUCCUCCUCAAGCAGGUGCAUUCCCUGUAUCGGCGCACAGGAGCCAGCUUCCAAAGGGCCCAGGAGGAGUUUUCCCAAGGCAUCCUCACCAACAGGAGCUUCCAGAACGCAGCGGCCGGGGCAGCCUCCUCAGCUGCACAGAGUGCUUUCCGGGGAAACUAGCCCUUCCCAGGAAAUCCAGCCCUUCCCAGGAAAACCAGCCCUUCCUGGGCUGCCUCCCUCGCUUCCUCUGCCCUCGUCUCCUCAACCUUCAUUUAUUAUUAUUUUUUUCUCUAAAAAUGCACUUUUUGGGGGUACCACGUGAGCUCUGUGAUGCCGACACUCCUGAUGAGAAGAGGUUUUUUUCUAACUUCUGCUGAGCUACAGUUUGGAUGAUUAGUUUUCCCUGUCUUGUUUUAGGGUAUGGGGAGAUGGGGGAGGACAUUCUCUGAGGCAAAUAUUCCUCUCUCCAGGACCUUCUGGGUGUUUGUCUCUUCUUCCCCUCACUCUGUCUGUAGCAGGAAAACGAGGGGAAACAGGUUUUUGAUUUUACUCUCUCUCUUCUCUCGGCCUUUGCUACGAAGAAUUUGAUUAUCUGCUGUUUUGGGAGGGUUUUGUAACGUGCAUGUAGUUGAUGUGGUUGAUUUUAAGAACAGAAACCGUACUUUUGGUUUAUUACGCUCACA